CCUCUGAUGUCGAGCAGGAGUGCGCUGAGGUGGUGAUGGGAUACACAGAUCCUGGAAUUUGUGCGGGCCACAGCGUGAUGGUUUGAGGGUAAAACAAAGCUCCGGGUGGGCUAAAGUAUGAUCAGUAACCCUCUCACUUUGAGCUCCCUCCUCUGAGACUAUGAGGCAAGCAGUAACCGCCACUCUCUCUGUGUGGAGUGAGAGGCGUUUCGGAUACUCCACCCUCAAGGACUCCAGCGAGUCGCUGCUGGAUGAGCGCAAGCUGAGGCCUGGUCUGAAGGAGGACUCUGUCAUUGAAGAGAAAGAGCGGGCAGAGAAUGAGCAGGAGCAGCUGGAGGCUGUGCUGGGACUUCCAUCGUCUCCUGUGGAGGACUCCCACCAAAUGGGCAGCACAGAGCCCUCGGACCCCACGCUAGACUGCAAGAAGAGUGGUGAGAUGGAAGCGUCACUAGUGUCUGGCAGGAGGAAGAUGUCUGGCAGGAGGAAGAGUUCACUUGGUGCUUUGCCUAUGCAGCGCUGCAGUUCCCUGGGCACUACAGCCCCGCAGUGGGUCCCUGAUUCUCAGGCACCAGCAUGCAUGAAAUGUGGAUCCAAAUUCUCCUUCACCAAAAGACGUCAUCACUGCAGAGCAUGUGGGAAGGUGUUUUGUGUGGUGUGCUGUGACCUGAGAUUCAGACUGACUCAUCUCGGUGGGAAAGAGGGGCGUGUUUGUGUAACCUGUCAUUCAGCUUUGAUGAACCGGACGCUUCGCAAGGACCAGAAGAAGGUCUGGUUUGCAGAUAAUCUCCUUCCUCAGUCUGAGAGUAGAAGUGCCAACAGCUCUCCCGUUUACAGGAGUGUGUCCCACACAGAGAGGGCUGAGCUCGCCCAGGCGGAAGUGCCUGACCUUAGAGCAGGAGAUGAAGUCAGUGGUCUUAGUGGCAACUGUACUAAACCUGCUCCACCAAAGGACCUUCCCCCAAUUCUGACAUCUACAGGGGUCAAAGGAGACUACACUUUGGAGGAGAAGAGAACCGAGUCGUCGCUCUUAGAGGAGUUGGAGAGAGGUCUUGCUGAGCCUCUGGUGUUUGUGCUCAACGCAAACCUGCUGGCUGUGGUGAAGAUUGUCAGCUAUGUGAACCGGCGGUGUUGGUGUGUUAUGUCGAAGGGCAUGCAUGCUGUUGGACAGCCAGAGGUGGUCAUUUUACUGCAGUGUUUGCCUGAGGAGAAGAGAUUCCCGACGGAUAUUUUCAAUCAUUUCAUUCAGAUCUACUGGGAUGCCCAGACAGCAGGAAAGCUUCUGAAACACCUGAGUCACUCUUUGGUAUCCCGAGGCUUUCUGGGUAAUAACGAGCAUGCUGGCUUUCUUUAUGUGAGUCCGACGUUCCAGUCUCUGGAGGGCCUGCCGUUACCUGCGCCACCCUUCCUGUUCGGGCUCCUCAUGCUCCGUGCAGAGGCUCCAUGGUUUUACCGUUACACACUGCCGACGGUGCCGGGGCUCGUGGUUGAUCUAGAGGCUAGAAGCACCUGUAUAAGAAUCCCUAAAACACGUCAUCCGGAGCUGCUGAAGGCUCUGAAUAAGUCUAAUGAGAGAGUGCUGGCCCUGGGCGCCUGCUUUAAUGAGCAGGCCGACUCUCAUCUGAUUUGCGUGCAGACGGCAGAUGGACAGUACCAGACCCAGGCCAUCAGCAUUCACAGCCAGCCACGCAGAGUCACAGGCUCGUGUUUUUUUGUGUUCAGUGGAGCGCUCAAGCCUUCAGCAGGGUACUUGGCCAAGUCCAGCAUUGUGGAAGAUGGUUUGAUGGUGCAGGUAACCAUGGAGACCAUGGCUGAGUUGCGUCGAUCUCUACGGGACAUGAAAGACUUCACGGUCACCUGUGGAAAACUCCACCCAGCAGAGAGGCAGGAAUAUGUGCACAUUCAAUGGCAGGACGAAGAGCCAUGCUUUAAUAAAGGCAUCAUAAGCCCCAUCGAUGGCAAGUCUAUGGAGUCUCUCACAAACAGCAAGACCCAUCAGCGCUUAGAAUACAGAGCCAGUGGGAAGCUUAUACGCUGGACAGAGGUGUUUUAUUUUCUUAAAGACCAGCAUCCAAAUGGUCUUAACCACACCAGUCAUAACCGUCUAACCGAGCGUCUUGCGCGGGCGUUCUGCCUGGCACUGUGUCAGUCUCUGUGUUUGCUGAAGGAGGAUGGCAUGACCAAACUGGCACUGAGGGUCAUCCUGGACGGGCAGAAGUUCCCGGAUGUGCAAUGCUGAAAUUUUCUGCCGAAUUUGUGGAAG